AUGAUACGAGCGAUUAAAAUCUUUACCUUCUUAGGCAAGGAUUCAACGCAUGAUUCCUCAAGUUUUCCAGCAAUAAUUGUCCUGGGAAUACAGGGAAGCGGGAAAAGCUAUUUUAUAAAUAAACUCACCUGCGAUACCAAUGUCGUCGACAUUUCCGAUGAUAUCAACCAUCGUCAACUACAACCGUCAAAGACUCCCGUUAACGCUCCAUCACUCAAGCAAUAUCCAAACAUCCCAGAGCCCCUCUACAUUGUUGAGGUUCCAGGGCUAGACGAUUAUACGAGGAGUGAUGAAGACAUUCUGUCUGAGCUCCAGACAUGGCUUGAGACGGAAAAGUGCGUAUUGAAAGGGGCAAUAUACCUUUACGACAUAUCUCGAGACCGAUAUCCGGUUUCUACCAAAAGAGCCGUCGAUGACUUCUUUAGAAAAUGGAUCGGCCAAGACGCGCGUGGAAAGGUUGUCCUUGGAAUCACGAAGUCCGAUAUAGUCACCGACGAAACACUCAAAAACAAACGUCUGGAAGCCCUCAGAACCAAUUUUUGGAAGGGAAUAAUGAAACGAUACGAGAUCAGAGAGAUUAUCGACACAUCCUCCCCCAAGGCGUCAGCUGACAUUGUGAAGAUUCUUCUCAGGUCGUAA